GGGCCCCUGGGCCACCCGCGCCACUCGGCGGCCCUUUUUCCACCUCCUGUGCCACCUUCUUGGCAGGCCGCAGCCGAGCCAGGGUUGGAAAAGGGCGGAGCAGGGCCUCUGCCGCCGGGAAGAGCCAUGCUGGAGGCGAUGUUUGCAUAAAUCAAAGAGGAAAGCGACAGUGGGAACAUGUCAGCCCUCAACUGGAAGCCAUUUGUAUAUGGAGGGCUGGCCUCCAUCACGGCCGAAUGCGGCACAUUUCCAAUUGAUUUAACCAAGACGAGGCUCCAGAUUCAAGGCCAGACGAACGAUGCAAACUUCAGAGAGAUUCGAUAUCGAGGGAUGCUGCACGCGUUGGUGAGGAUAGGCCGAGAGGAAGGGCUCAAGGCGCUCUACUCGGGGAUCGCCCCAGCCAUGUUGCGCCAGGCUUCCUAUGGCACCAUCAAGAUAGGCACUUACCAGAGCCUGAAGCGAUUAUUUGUUGAACGCCCUGAAGAUGAAACCCUACUGAUAAAUGUCAUAUGUGGAAUUCUCUCUGGAGUCAUCUCUUCCGCCAUUGCUAAUCCAACAGAUGUUUUGAAAAUACGGAUGCAAGCCCAAAACAACACCAUCCAAGGAGGAAUGAUAGGCAACUUCAUCAACAUUUACCAGCAAGAGGGGACAAGGGGACUGUGGAAGGGUGUGUCCCUCACAGCUCAGAGGGCGGCUAUUGUUGUUGGCGUGGAGCUGCCAGUCUAUGACAUCACCAAAAAGCAUCUGAUUCUCUCGGGCCUGAUGGGAGACACUGUCUAUACCCACUUCCUUUCAAGCUUCACCUGUGGUCUGAUGGGGGCCUUGGCCUCCAACCCUGUGGAUGUCGUGAGAACACGUAUGAUGAAUCAGAGAGCCCUUCGAGAUGGCAGAAGCUCUGGCUACACAGGUACCCUGGACUGCCUGUUACAGACAUGGAAAAAUGAAGGUUUUUUUGCCCUCUAUAAAGGGUUUUGGCCAAAUUGGUUAAGACUUGGUCCUUGGAAUAUCAUUUUCUUUGUGACCUACGAACAGUUGAAGAGACUGGAUUUAUGACAGAACUGGUCUGCAAAGGACCUGCGCCCGAGAAAGCCGGCUUCCAGAACAGCACAGCCUCCUGCGUAUCACCUGCCUCUCACUGCUUGGCUCACCGCAGAUUCUGGGAUGUGAGCGACAGAUGGGGACGGGGUGGGUUCAGGCUGCUGUUGGCAUUGGCCACCCAUCAUCCCUGCACCUGCCAACACCAGCCUUGCCGCUCAAGUGCCCCUGGACAGCACGGAGAACGGACACGACGUGUGUUUCUUGCUAAAGGAUCCUUGCGAGGAAAUCGGGACCAUGCUGUUUUCUUCAGAGAGAGCAGCUCUUGAUGGGAGUCAGCUUAUAGCCAGGAAUGUCCAAGUGCCCUGGAAAAGCCCAUCAAAACCGUGCAGGGGAGCCUCCAAGAGGGUCCAGUGGUGUUCCUGGGCCUCCGGAGAUUUCACUUCUUGUGACAACGGAAGAAAUUCCAGGAGUGGAGAUCUGGGCUUUUCAUCCGGGGUCUAGACAGUGCAGGUUACGGAUCCUUGGGAAAUUGUCCUGUUCUGGGACGAUCCUUCACUUACAGGGAUUUUCAGCCUCUAGAGCCUGACCUUCGGGAGGCCUUGUUACGGCAUUGGCAAUGUUAUUGGCAUUGGCGGUGGGAUGCAUUAGCUUGGGAGGCCAACGAGGGCUGUGGGGGUGGGAAGCGUUUUCAGACAACUUGAGCCUCUGUCUUAGGAGAUGUGAGUCAAUUGCGUGAUGAUUUUUAGCAAAGUUUAUUAUUUCCCAAUCUGUGAAACGAGGAUAGUAACGUCUGUUGUUGGAGAAUGUCAAAUGCUGCUGGGGAGUCAGAGGGUCGGCUCCCCUGUGUACACCUGCCGGCCCUCAAGGAACCGUUUGUGUCUACAGGAGUCAUGCCAGCAUGGGCUUCCGGCAUUCGUGCGUGAAGCCCGCGGUUAAAGAAGGAACACUGCACGUGCUAAGGGUUGUAAUACGUUUUGCUUAGCAAAAGCUUGCAAGUGUAUUGAAGAGUGGAGUUUUUCAGAUUCCCAGUUUUUAAGCCUUCGUUUGUAUCAUCUUCGCUAAAACACUUCCUGUCUCCUCGGACUUCCUCGUUGCUUUGUUGGACAGCACUUGCUUGACAUUUUCAAAAUGAUUUCUCCAGUGCAUGUUUAUCCGGUUUCUGAUAAGAGGUAUAGAAUAUUUCCCUUUUCUUUUUCUUGAUCCUAUUCUUUUCAAAGCAAAAGGUGGCUCUGAGUCCCAAGAACAUGCAAUUUAUGCUUCUAGAACGCAACCCCAGGAAAGUGAAUGUAUUUACUUGGAUCACUUCUGAUCUACUACACUUUGGGAACCAUGGUAAAUGCGGUAAACACGGACUAACUAGGGCUCCAGGCAGACCCCUCCUGCAGCGUGUGCCGGGUGUGUGCGGCGGACCCCGGCAUGUCUAGGGGACUCCUUCCUCUAUUGAUAGAGAAGACAAAGAAUGAGAGAGAUUUCCGUGGAAUCAGAAGCAGUUUCCCUCCCAGCCGUUCUCACCUUUUCUUCUUUAUGAAUGUUUGCUUUGAAAAAGAUUUGGCAAUGCAGAAUUUUAUUUCCCAAAGUAAGAGCCUUAACAAAGUCCUAGAAAACCCAGGCAGGACAAAGGGUGACUGGUUGGUCUGUAGGUGUUACUUGCUUAGGCUAGGGUGAAAGUGUGCCUCUCUCAGGCUGGCUCUAGGUGGCAGUAGAGGACCCUACACCCAUUCGGGCCUUGCUCCUGGUACUGAACCGCGUGUCGCAGACUUUCUCUUCUUACCAAGACAUUCCGUUGAUGGGAUACUUUCUAUGGAAAGGCUCUCAACUUUUGAGUUCUUUGAGUUUAAAGAAAUGCUUUUUUUUUUUUUUUUUUGAACCAUUCUUUUUCAAAUGCAGAGGACAGUUUUUCAAAGUGUACACAUGUCUAAAACAGGAGAAACAACUUCCUUUUCGAAAACCAUAUAGUUAAGGUCAGACAGCAUUCGUUAUCAGCUUGUUCAGAUUAUGUCCAUGUUUAUACCAGGAUGAGAAGCAAUUCAAACCUCCCUGUAAAACUCAGCCACGUUGUAAGACAAAGACACAAGUGCAGUUUUCUUCAGCACAGAUCUAAGUGCCUUACGGAACAGGACCUUAACCUGCCUUGUUUCUUACUCUGGUUUUUCUGUUUCCUGAAAGAGUUGCUGUAAUUAUCGAAGCUUCAGAGAAACAACUUAGGGGAUUGGAUGACUUGGUCCCCUUGUUUUUUGGGGGGUAUGACCACAUACAGGUUCUUCCCUCUUUUAUAUAUUGCUGAAAUCCGGCAAAAGAAUGUCUAGUUUUUAUAACCAAGUUGAAGAAAAUGGUUUAGUUAGUUUGUUUACGGAUUUAUGUGACCGUUGACGCCGAGUGUUGCGGAUCUGCAGUGUUAACAGUGGCUCUAGUUCCCUGUAUUUAUUCAUGUGCUAGAAAUCGUAUACAUUAUAUGAAGGGUAUACAUUUUUUUCAAAAGCUUUUGUACCCCAAGCUCUGUAUUUAAACAUUGUUGGAAAGUGUGCUGUGAAUCUUGCUGCACUUAUUUAAUAAACUGGAGUAAUAUAUAAUAAUAAUAAAAA